GGGCGUGCAUUUCGUCUCCACCAAGCCCGCUCCCUUUCGCAUUCCCCCAUCUCCUCCUUCAUCAUCCCCGAUUUUUCCCAUCUUGCCAUGAUCGGCCUGCACGUCCCGGUCCGACGGCAGCGAAGGAAGAUAUGGCCGGGGAAACUGGUCCCAUAUCGGCGUCCUUGCCGAUAAACAUGACCAUUGCCGGCUUCUUCGCCAUUGCGUGCUUCAACUGCGUCGAGAUCCUCAUUUCGCUGCUGAACCGCUUCAAGCGCUACGACGGCCUGUACUUCUGGAGCAUGCUGACGGCCACCUUGGGCAUCGUGCUUCACUCGAUAGUGGUAUUGCUGCGCUACUACGGCCUGGGUCCGAACUUUCCGCUGUCCGUCCUGACGUGCAUCGGAUGGUAUGGAAUGGUGACCGGCCAGUCCCUCGUCCUCUACUCGCGCCUCCACCUCAUCGUCUCGGACAAGUCAAAAGCCCGCUGGGUCCUGAUCAUGAUCAUCACAAACGUUUGCAUCCUCCACGUCCCGGUUACGGUAUUGUUCCUCGGUAGCAACACGCGCCUUUCCAGUCGCUUUCUUCCCGCCUUCAACAUUUACGAGCGCGUACAACUCGCGGGGUUCUUUGUCCAAGAAUCCAUCAUCUCGGGUCUUUAUAUCUGGGAAACAGCCCACGGCCUCAAACCCAUCUUUGCCAUGAAAAGAGCCAUCGAGCGCAAGGUCAUCAGACACCUCAUCAUCGUCAACGUCCUCGUUAUCGUCCUCGACAUCAGCCUUCUCAUCACCCAGUACACCGGACAAUUCGAGAUCCAAACGACAUAUAAGCCGGUGGUUUACAGCAUCAAGCUCAAAAUGGAAUUCAGCGUGCUGAACAAGCUGCUGCUACUCGUGCAGCGCAGCGAAUACAACGCCGCUACGCACAUCAUGAGCGACCCUGGGGGCAUCGGUCCUCGACCGGCUUACCUUGGUAUUCCCGAAUAUCACUCCUUUGAAUGGAGUCUUCCUUCUGGGAGCAAUGAUCAGGGAUUUCAUCUACGUCACGUCCCAGAAUCCAUCACUCCUGCAUCGUCACGAACGGGCAGUCAUCGUCUUAGCGCAUCCCAAUCACGUUAUUGAUUGAAGGAGAUAUAAUGAAGCUUAAUCAUGCCAAAAGCAACAAUCUGUUGGAAACCUCCAUCCCACGGUACGCACCGAACCGACGAGGCAGACAACCCCAAGUCCAUCCGAAAUCUA